AUGUCACUUUGCCUGGAGCAGCGUCUGGCGCAACGGCAAGCCAAUGUUUUCGCUAUCUGCCCCACUGCUAUGUCACUUGGACCUACACCUGCUACAAUCCUGUGUACCAAAGCUGACUGCCGCAACUUGAAGCAGGGUACUCAGCCACGGAAGGCCAACAGGAACUGCAUACAACGCUACUGCAAGCAGUGUUGUGAGGUGGUGGGAGGGUGUAGGGUCCACCGAGUCGCAUCCAUAUCUCCUCCAGUUGCUGCUCAACAGCAUGAAAGCUCGAUCAUACCACCGCUUGCCACCGUUAACCCCACAUCUACUCAGCUUGACCACCCUCCAGUUACUAUACCUGAGGGCCCCUCGACUACAUCCCAAUCUUUAACUACCACUCAGUCGCUCCCAGCUGCUUCACGAGUUUAUGCCCGGCCGUUAGACCCCAAUUAUGCACGGAACUAUGUUCUUGGGCACCAGCGGACGUUGGUGGCUGAACAGCGCUUUCAAGCCAACCAAAGUCUGAGUAUCAUGAUCCGCAAUAUGAUCGACGUAGUCCUCUGGUUGAAGUCAACUCGAAUAACGCUAGAACAACGACCCUCCCCACCUGUAUAUUGCAGUGAUCAGCAUGCCUGGAUCGAGCAAGACAUUAAGACUCCACUUCUCAGUCCCCCGAAUUCAACCAUCCUCCUCCGCUCUAUUGAUCUCACUGACAAUCACACGCUACACGGAUUCGCUGAGAGGGUCUUAUCCCUUAGUUGCACGCCUGCAACCGUCCAAUCUCCGUCAAAGCGAGCCUUUAGUGCCACAGGUGACUCGGACACGUCACCUGUGUCAGCCACGGUCCAACCUAACGCCUCUGCUACUGUCCCUCCAGGUGCCCAAGCACGAUUUCCUUGGAAGUAUGCAUGCGAUAUGGUUCCCCGUAUUCAGCUCUUCGUCGAUUUAUCAGACGAUCAGAUGAUCCAGACCCUCUUCGCUACUACUUUUCCGAAUUGCACCUAUACUAAGGCAACAUUUUAUAAGCAUUGUGCCGCUUAUCGGGCAGCUAUCAGGAACUCGGGGGAUAAGGUGGAAUAUGCCGUCAAUGCAGGAUAUAGUCCCGCUGGCCUGUGGAACACUCUCUUGGCGGAAAUCAAAGCUAACACCCUCAGUCUUACUGGUAGUAAUGGCCUGGGUAGCGUCUCAAACUCGGAUGCGAAGUAUCAUAUACUGCCUCCGAGUUUACUAUCAAUGGACCCAUCUACCACUGACACUGAAUUACUCCUUACUCCGAGUUUACUACCAGCAGACCCAUCUACCACUGACACUGGAUUACUCCCUACUGACUUGACCGGUGAUAUGAGUGAUGCUCUUGCGUCACUAUUCUGGAGCAUAGAGGAGAUGAACCAUGAUGCCAUAGCAACCACCAAUUCUGAAUUUCCAUUAGAUUUUACGAGUUAUCCCCAAAUCGAUCCCUUUCCCGUCGAUACAUUUCCCGCUUGGUUAAAUGAUCCCUCUCCUAGUCCGUCUGAUGCAGGUCUUGCUCUGCCAAAUCUAUGGGAUUUUCCAGUCGACCGACAACGCAUGGGAGCUCAUCCAUUACAGGUUGCAUGGUGUACCAAAAUCAUUCUCCAGUCGACCGAAAACACAUGGGAGCUCAUCCAUUACAGGUUGCACGGUGUACCAAAAUCAUUCCUGUUGACUGAUGCUCUGAAGGCGGCAUAUGUAUGGCGCAUGCAGCCUCGGCUUUCUUGGGGAUCUAUUGGAGGCAGGGUUGCCGUAGUGUAA